AUGGCCGAUGCCGCUUUCAACAACGGGCCGGGGAAUGCGCCCUUGGCCGAGGUUAAGAAGCCCAAGAAGAAGAAGGUCCUGCUCAUGGGCAAGAGCGGCUCGGGAAAGUCGAGCAUGCGGAGCAUCAUCUUCAGCAAUUAUAUUGCCCGCGAUACCCGGAGACUCGGCGCCACGAUAGACAUCGACCUCUCCCACGUCAAGUUCCUCGGCAACCUCACGCUCAACCUCUGGGACUGCGGCGGCCAGGAGGCCUUCAUGGAGAACUACCUCUCCCAGCAGCGCGUCCACGUCUUCUCCAACGUCGGCGUGCUCAUCUACGUCUUCGACAUCGAGUCCCGCGACAUCGACCGCGACCUCGCCACCUAUGUCUCCAUCAUCUCCGCCCUGCUCCAGUUCUCCCCCGGCGCAAAGGUCUACGUCCUCAUCCACAAGAUGGACCUCGUCGUCCCCGCCCACCGCGAGUCCGUCUACGACGACCGCGUCCGCGUCGUCCGCCAGCGCACCGCCGAGUACGCCAACAGCAUCGGCUACCAGCAGCAGCAGCAGCAGCAGCACCCGGAUGACGACCCCACCAGCCCCUCGACCGCCCCCGCUGGCCAGGCCGGCUUCGACAUCACCCCCUUCGCGACGAGCAUCUGGGACCAGAGCCUGUACAAGGCCUGGGCGAGCAUCAUCCACGACCUCGUCCCCAAUCUGUCCACCAUCGAGCGGAACCUCGCCAACCUCGGCGUCGCUAUCGAGGCCGAGGAGCUGCUGCUGUUCGAGCGCACCUCCUUCCUCGCCGUCUCGUCCUGGACCUCGGAAGAGGGGCAGAGGAACCCGACCGAGGACCGCCUCGAGCGCAUGUCCAACAUCAUGAAACACUUCAAGCAGACCAUCAGCCGCUUCACCGGCACCCCGCGCAACGCAGAGCAGUUCGUGCGCAUGGAGCACAAGGCCGGCACGCGCUUCAACCUGUUCAUCCUCAAGUUCACGACCAACACCUACCUCAUGGUCAUCCUGCCGCCGGGGGAGGCCAGGUUCAACGCCGCCAUGCUCAACUGCCAGAUCGCCAUUGAGCACUUUAAGUUCUUGGACGGCCCGGCCACCAUGAUUUCUCAGGGUGGCGGGGCCGCAUGA